GCCACCCAAUUCUCUCUGGUCCGCCAUGGAUGCGAGAGUUAGUGUAGAGGAGGCAAGGUCAAUCAUCACUAGGUUCAACAACAAAGGAAGUAGCUCUGAUCGUGCCAAUCACAACAACCAUGAUAACAAUCCCGACACUAAGCUCCGCAUGUGGUACCCUUGCGAGACCAUGCAACAGGAUGCUAUGCGAGUGAUGGAGAAAGGCAAGGGCGUGAUAGCUGUGACAGAGGAAAACAAGGUGGAGGCGCUAGAGAACAAGAUGUCAACCUAUGAACCAGUGAUCACACUAAGCACCAGAAAUGAUUGGGCCCAGGAGGAACACUGCUCUCUUUGGUCCGCCGUGAAUGAGAGAGUCAGUGUACAAGAGCCAAGGUCAAUAAUCACUUGGUUCAACAACAAGGAAAGUAGCUCUGAUGGUGCCAAUCAAAACAUCUACAAUAAGAAGCCCGACACUAAGCUCUGCAUGUGGUACCCUUGCGAGACCAUGCAACAGGAUGUGAUGGAAAAAGGAAAGGGCGUGAUAGCUAUGACAGAGGAGAACAAGGUGGAGGCGCUAGAGAACAACAUGUCAACCCAUCAACCAGUGAUCGCACCAAGCGCCAGAAACUAUUCGACCCAGGAGGAACACUGGUCUCUCUGGUAUGCCAUGAAUGCGAGAGUUGGUGUAGAGGAGCCAGGGUCAAUCAUCACAGGGUUCAACAACAAGGAAAGUAGCCCUGUUGAUGAAAAUAUUAGCAAGUACAAUAACAAGCCCGACACAGAGCUCCGCAUGCAGUACCAUUGCGAGAGCAUGCAACAGGAGGGUACGCGAGUGAUGGAGGAAAGCAAGGACGUGAUAGCUAUGUCAGAGGAUAACAAUGUUGAGGUGCUAGAGAACGAGAUGUCCAUCCGUCAACCAGUAAUUGCACCAAGCGCCAGAAUUUAUUGGACCAAGGAGGAACAUUGGAACUUUCUCGAUGGAUUGAGUUUCUAUGGCCGUGGGAAAUGGAAGGAAAUAUCCAAGGAUUUUGUCACCACCAAGACUCCUGUGCAGGUUUCAAGCCACGCACAUAAGUACUUCAAGAGGCUAGAGAGAAAAAAUCUAAGGCGGCGCUACAGCAUCAACGAUCUAGGGCUUGAAAUUGCCGAACCGUGGAUAAUGGGGAAUAGCUCUAGUGCAUGACAAUCUCGCGUCCUUGGGGAUGUUGAACACCUGAACCCAAGUUUUAGAUUGUGAACUCUGUUGCUAGCCCGGUUCUUACCAUGAAAAACAUUGUUCAUUUUGGUUACUUUCUUAAGGGCUUGGCAUCUAAGAAUAAUAUCUUGUUGAAUAAAUUAUCUCCCAGCUACUGUUUUGGGAGAGUGAACCA